AUGCUACUCUGCCUCACCCUGCUUUUCCUGAUGGGGCUGUCUGCAUGUACUGUGGCAGGUGACCAGGAGCUGGCUCUUGGUGCUGAAACAGGGGCCUGGGUAACCGUGUCUCUGGAGGAAGGCGUCAUCCCCAGCAUUCAGCUCCAGCUUCAGGAGGUGAAGAGGGGCAAAGCAAGCCAGUUCUUUGGGCUGAUGGGGAAGCAGGUAGGAGGAAUACCUCCUAUCCAGCCAGAGAGAAUGGGGUAUCAGCGAGGAAAAAUGGUCUGGGACCUCCUGGGCAGGGGAGGCCCAUCUACAGAGGGCAGAGAGGAUGAGGACCACGGGUCGGAGUGACAGCCCCCACCGCAUGCUCCCCCAAGGAUGAAGCCUCCUUUCUCCCCACCUGGACGUUACAGCUGACCAGCUGGCCACACCAGCUCUCCUCUCCAUGUGUCUCCUGUGCUCAACAUUGGCGCGUUCCACCAGGCCCUCACUGAACUCACUGGGGUUCCUCCCAGGCCCCUCAGUCUCAAGCAGUGGUCAUGCCUAA